CUCUCCUUUGUUGCAGUUUUUUUGUUUUCAAAAUGCUGAUGAAAAUCCCCUCAAGUGAUUGGUCCGAUCAAUUCGAACACUAUGUCAUAGAAGAGGAAUCCGAUACAGAUUUAGAUGACUUGGAACCAGAUUUUUCCGAAUAUUUAUGGAUGGAAAAUGAAGAGGAAUUCGAUAAAACUGAAUUACAACGCCUGGAAGACGAAGAACUUAUGAACGAAUGUAUAGACGCUAUGCUCGACGAUGAGCUAGAAGAACAGAUCAAUGAAUGGGAAAAGGUGAAAAACGAAGAAUUAAGUGCAGCCCUAUCGUCGUUGGCUGUCAGCGAAUGUAAUGUGGCGAAUUCAUUGUUAAAUCCUCUGGCAGCUGAAUUUAUACCACAAAGUCAUCUAAUUAUUGAUCUGGGAUCAUCAUAA